AGCCGAUUUGUCUGGCUGCGUGGUUCACCCGGAACUGGGAAAACUGCGAUAUCGAUCCACGUAGCCUCCAUCCUUGAUAGCCAGGACAACCUUGCAGCGUCUUUUUUCUGGGACAAGAACCGAAAGGGAACGGGACUUGAUUCGAUUGAACGCUUUCCCUCCACCCUUGCUCUGCAACUUGCGGCUUUCAAUGCUGAGUACAAGAGUCUGCUCAUCAAGCAACUUCGGCAGCCUGCUUCGUUGAAAGGUCUUCAGGGCUCUGCUGCAGAAAAGGAGAUGAAAGCUUGGGUUAUCAACCCGAUGCAUGAACUCAGGGCUAUCUUGUCUUCGAGGGAGGAUCGCUUUGUGAUCGUCCUAGAUGGACUAGAUGAGUGUGGCGAC